UCUUUUUUAUUUCUUGUUUUUUCUUUAAAUUCAACAAUUGUUUUCUUUCUUUUAUUUCUUGUCUGGUUUCUUUUUUUUGGAUUUAUAGAGGAAGUAAUUAUUCUUUCAAAAAAUGUUUUCGCGUAACGCUUUCAAGGCCUUUACACAGGCCACUCAGAACGCUUCCAAGCGCUUCUCGACCCAAACCAACGGACCCGUCAAGGCCUCGACCUACAAUGCCCUUAUGGCGGCCUCGGCAGCUACCGCUAUCGGCUCGGGUGCCAGCCUGUACUACUUGAACAAGAACGCUGCGCACGCGAACAUGGAGGCCGAUGGACUUCACCCUGCAGAUCACCCUUUCCCCCAGAAGACCCUGUUUGGCACCUUUGACCACGCGAGCAUCCGUCGUGGAUUCCUCGUCUUCAAGGAGGUGUGCUCGGCCUGCCACUCGCUCGAUCUUGUGCACUGGCGCAACCUAGUGAACGUUGCGUACACCGAGGAGGAGGUUCGCGAUAUGGCCGCAGAGUACCAGUACGUCGAUGGACCCAACGACGUUGGAGAGAUGUUUGAGCGCCCGGGCAAGCUGACCGACCCCAUCCCCCGCCCUUACCCCAACGAGGAGGCUGCCCGUGCCGCCAACGCCGGUGCCUAUCCUCCAGAUCUCUCCCUGAUCACCAAGGCGCGCCACGGCGGUGUCGACUACAUUUACUCUCUGCUAACUGGCUACUGCGACCCGCCGGCCGGUGUUGAGAUCCGCGAGGGCCUCAACUACAACCCGUACUUCCCCGGUGGCGCUAUCGGUAUGGCGCAGAAUAUCUUUGACGGCGUCGUGGAGUUUGACGACGGCACCCCUAACACGGCUUCGCAGAUCACCAAGGAUGUCGUUACUUUCUUGAACUGGACUGCGGAGCCUGAGUUGGACGAGCGUAAGAAGAUCGGUGUCAAGGCUCUUCUCAUGUUCUCGACCCUUACUCUUUUGGCCCUUUGGAUCAAGAGGAAUAGGUGGCAGACGAUUAAGACCCGCAAGAUCGCUUUCAACUCGCCAAAGAACUGGGAGAAGAAGUAAAAUUCAAUUUAAUCCAAUCUUUUUGUUUCUCCUUCGAAUUAUCUACUUUUUCUUUUAUAAAUUUUACACCGAUUUUUUUGUCUUGUUCUAUUCUGUUCAGUUAUUGAGUGGUGUUGAUCCCCUAAAAUAAAAAUAUUUCCAUUUUUAAAAUACUAGUGC